UUCAGUCUUUCCUUAAAGACCUCUGGGGAUAGUGACCCCAUCACCUCCCUGGGCAGCGCAUUCCUAUAUCUAAUCAUCCCUUCUGCGAAGAAAUUCUUCCUAAUGUCCAACCUAAACCUCCUCUGGCGCAGCUCAAGACUGUCUCCUCUAGACCUGUCGCUAGUUUAAUUUCAUUUAAUUUUCCCGCUGAGUUCUGAAAGGACCGCAACCGCGGCCAAAGCAGAGGUUACUUUAAAGAAAAAACCCGAACAACUCAAAGUAAAACAACCACCAGCCCCUGCAAUUGGCCCGGUAGCGCCGCCGACCCGCCCGCUGGCUCCGCGCCCGGGGCGCUGCGUCGCCUCCGGGGUUGCCUGGAGACGGGAGCGCGGCCGCUCCGGGCCCAGGUACCGGGGCUGUGGGGAGGCCGCGGCCGCUCCGGGCCCAGGUACCGGGGCUGUGGGGAGGCCGCGGCCGCUCCGGGCCCAGGUACCGGGGCUGUGGGGAGGCUGCGGCCGCUCCGGGCCCAGGGAGAGAGAACAUCCACCUUUUCCAAUGGAACAGGAACCAGCAGAAGAUGCAGAGGCAGAUCCCAGUGAAGACAAUUUGGACAAACAAGAUAAUACUCAAGUAUCCUCAGAACCACAAAAAAGGCCUGAGGAGGUAAAAGAAAAAAUAGAUGAAGCCUUCUUCUACACGUAUGAAGAUGUAUAUUCAGGACCAUAUGCCACUGACGACACUGAGAUACCCAUUGACCUUCUUAUUUUUAAACAUUCUUUUGGAUAUGACUGUACCAGACCUGUAAACUUGAUGAUAAUGGAUAGAAAUACUGUAGGUUAUGUAGCAGGCAACCAGGUGAUCCUCCAGAACCUGAAAACUAAGUAUCAGAAACAUGUCCGGAGCAGCCGUGGCGGUGGCAUUGGGUUUAUCACAGCACACCCUAGUAAGGAGUACUUUGCAGUAGGAGAAAAAGGAAAGAAGCCAAACAUUGUCAUCUACACAUAUCCUUCGGUGAGGCCCUACAGAAUACUGAAAGGUGGAACAGAGGUAGCCUAUGUUUUUGGCGAUUUCAACCGUACUGGCACUUUGCUGGCAAGUGUUGGGAGCAGCCCUGACUACAUGUUGACCAUCUGGGAUUGGAAACAAGAGGAGACUCUGUUGAGGUCAAAAGCUUUUGCACAGGAUGUUUACAAGGUCAUGUUUUCUGCUGAGAAUGAAGAGCAUCUGACUACAUGUGGAUCAGGACACAUCAGAUUCUGGAAGAUGGCUCUCACAUUAACUGGUCUCAAGUUACAAGGUGCUUUGGGCAGGUUUGGAAAAACAGCAGUGUCUGACAUUAUAGGUUUUGUGGAGCUGCCCGAUGGGAAGGUUGUCUCAGGAACUGAGUGGGGCAAUUUGCUGCUUUGGGAAGGUGGCCUCAUUAAAGUAGAGCUCUGUCAAGUUGGACACAAGCCUUGUCAUGAGGGCCCUGUCAGCCAGUUAGUUUUUGAUGAAGGAGAACUUUACUCUGUUGGGAAAGAUGGUGUCAUUCGGAUGUGGAACUUUGAGGUAGUGGAUACUGCUGAUCCUGUGGAUGACACAGGCUUAGUAGAGAUGGAGCCUAUGAAUGAACUUUGGCUUGGCAAGAAUGUCAGCCUGAAUUUCAUUACAAAAAUUCAUGACCAUGGACAGUCCUUCUGGUUUGCUCAGGAUACAAGUGGAGCAAUAUGGAAGCUGGAUUUGACUUUUUCAAAUAUGAGCCAUGACCCAGAGCGUGUGUGUACCUUCCACUCUGGGGGGAUUGAGGCCAUCGGUGUGUCUCCCUUUACAUGCCUGAUGGCCACCACAGCGCUUGACCGGUCAGUGCGCAUCUAUGAUUUCAGCAGCAACAGCCAACUGAGCAUAAUCAAGUUUAAACAGGGAGGAACAGCGCUGGCAUGGGCACCAGCUGUUGUAAAUCCUGAGGGAGGUCUAAUUGCUGUGGGGUUUGAAGAUGGUGUUGUACGCAUAAUUGAAGUUUAUGAUCCCAAACUGCUGCCUGGUCAUGCAGGACAAGCCAAUGAGAUUGCAGAAAUAAAUCUGAAACAAGUUUUCAAACCUCAUGCUGCUGCAGUCACAGCCCUGGCAUAUGAGCAAAAGGGAGACGUGUUUGCCACAGGGAGUAAAGACAAAACAGUUUUCUUUUUUGCUAUUGAGGAUGAAUACAAGCCUAUUGGAUUCAUCUGUGUCCCUGGGCCUGUACAGGCAUUACAGUGGUCUCCGCCUUCUCAUGACAAGAGCAUGCUGCUCAUCCUUUGUGUGAACGGCUUUGCUGUCCAAGUUCCGGCCCCUCUCCAUGGGAAGCAAGAUACAGUGACCACCUAUCACAUAAAAAAUCUGCCAAGCCAGUACUUCCAUUUUUAUAGUAUUAAAUCCCGAAUCAAGCUGGAAGAGGAGAUUGCACGGAGAGAGAAAGAAAAGCAAAAGAAGGAGAAGGCAAGGCUUGAAUGGAUAAAGCAGCAAAAGGAGCUGGGACUUGAGGUAGAAGGAACUAAAGAGGAAGAACCUGAAGAAGAGCCAUUGCCACCUAUCUACAUACCAGAGGAGGCCAGUCCCAUCCUCUGUGGCUUUUAUUCAGCACCCGGAAAAUUUUGGCUUUCCUUGGGUGGGUACGACUCAGGGUUUCUCUAUCACUGCGAAUUCUCACAUGAUGAUGAAGAAGACCCUGAGAAGAGGAAAGAUGAACCCUUUGAAGUGAUUCCUAUGGAGAACACUGACAACAAUCCCAUUCACCAAAUCUCCUUCUGUACCCGCACCCCCCUGAUGUUCUGUGGGAUGCAGGAUGGCUCCCUGCGUGCUUAUCCUCUCAGUGAGGAAGGCCUCUCAGUGGGUACCCUGAAGGACUACUGGUACCUGAACGUGCAUGACAAUGAUAAUGGGCAGAUCCGGGGGAUCUGUUGUAGUCAUGAUGAUGGGUGUCUGAUUACCUGUGGUGGAGACGGAAACAUUUUUACAUUUGACCUCUUGUCAGAGGAAGAGCUUCCCAAAGAGCUAAAAGUUACAAUCCCCCCUCCUAGGAGAGGUCUUGAGAAGGAGAAGGCUACUGAAGACAUUAAGGAUCCUGAUGUCCUCACUAUUGAGGAAUACAAGCAGAAAAAGGAGCAUGAACGGAAAAUGAAGGAAGCUGAAGAAAAGAAAAAUAAGAAAAGAGAGGAGUUACGUGCACUGAGACAAGACUUUGUUUUUCUCCUUCAAAAGAAUCAGGAGUUGCCCAAGCACAUGCAGUUGCACAGAGAGGAGUUUGAGAUGGACCGCAGGAUCUUUGAAGAGCUGGAUAGGCAGACCCUACGGAGAAUGCAGUUAGUGCAAAAGCAGCUGGCUUGGGAGCACGAGAAACAAUUAAUUGGUCUGCAGAAACUACAAACACAGUUUCGGGACUCUCUGGAAUUUACUCUCAUUGUUCAUGCUAUUCAAAGCAAUCAUCAGAUUUCGACCUACAGCCUUCUAACAGUGUCAGAGAAAUAUGCCCAAGAUAAGAAACACGAGGACAGCAAGGGGGCAGUACUUAAAGAGAAGUGGACAGCACUUAAAGAGGCAGAACAAGCAGAAGAGAUCCCCAGAAAGAUAAUCCCUGUGCAUAGAGGAAGUGUAGCUUUUGAGAAGGAGGCUGAAAGGCUGAAGACACCAGAGGUCCGAAAGCCAACCACGCGUUAUAUAGAAAGCAGACGUCAGAAAAUCAGAAGACUUGUUGAGAAAUAUGAUGCACUGAAAGCCAAGAUCAUGAAGAGGAGGGCAGAAUGGCAUGAAUUAUACAAGAGCAAACCUGGACAUAACCAUGAGAAUUCUAAAGAUGCUGAGGAGAUCAAAGAAGCACGGGAGAAUAUAGGAUGUUACAGGCUGAAGAGUGCCACUAACUACAUACUCACUGAAGAUGAGUGUAUAAGCACUGAAAAGAAAAUGAUGCAGCUUGCAAUCCUGGAAGACUUGAUCCAUAAGACGAAAGUGAAUAUGAACAAAGAGAUUGUGUCUUUGAGGGAUCUCAAGGUUUCUACUAUUGAUGAAAUCAAGAGUUUAGUGAAGGAAGUCAAAUCCAUACAGGCAAACUUAGAUGUAUCAGAACAUCUCCCUAUUCCCCUGAUCCCUCAGUUACACCCAGAUGAGGUUCCUGAAAAAAUAGUUGAGUACAACAGUGACGUCCUCCUAAAGUUCAAAGAGGAGCAGGAGGCGAAGGCAAAGCUCAAGGAGCCACUGGAAGGGUGUCCCUCGUCUCGCGCAUUUAGGCACGUGUUUCUUCAAACUCCUCCAGGGGAAGAGGGUGACCCCAUGACACAGGCUGGAGGUGCAUCAGCUGCGGUCAUAGAGGAGCAGGAGGCUUUUGAGAUGGAGAAAGCAGAGCCAACAGAAAUGGAACUGGAAAUUUUAAAGAGGGAGAAGAUAAAAAAUCUAUACUUGCAGGAGACCUUGAUUAAAAAGAUCAACACACUGGUGAUCAACUUUGAUGCUGAACUUCGCCUUCUGCGGCACAAGAAAUUGAAGAUGGAUGUACAGAUGAAAAGUGCUGAUCUGCGCUGCAUCACAUGCUGUGAAGAGCUGCUUAUCCUGAAGAAACUUGAGAUACAUGAGGACCUUCUUGAAGAGCAAAUUUGUGCCCUCAUCAAUAAACAGGAGGACAUACGUUCAAAAUUGAAGAGCUACCUUGCACAAAUGGAGGAUAGAAAGUGUGAGAUUGUAAUGCUUGAAGAACGUGAGAAAGCUCUUUAUGCCAGCUUCGAAGCAUCCCUUGGAGAAAACAAUGAAUUCGCUGAUGUUCUGACUGAUAUUUUAAAGAAGAAAGUUGAGUGUGUGGAAAAAGAAGAAGUAGGAAGAGAAGCAGGUGAACAAAAUGAGAAUAAAGAGGAGGAUGAUGAAAAGCCUGACUUAAAGACUGAUGAAGAAAAUUGUGGAUCUGAAAGCAUAGUCUUUUAUGACUCAGUUUGCCCAGAAGGCUGCAGUGAGGAUCUCUUCCUGAACACCAUCCAGCUCCGGCAGCAGCGGAUAGGCAUUGAGAAAGCUUUAGAAGAGGAGAAGAAAGUUGCUGCUGACCUCAAAAAGGAAUAUAAUGCUUUGGCCAUAAAGGCAAAAGAAAUAGAAACCAGUCUGGACACAACAAACAGGGAACUGGAGGCCUUUCAGUGGGAAAAGCUGCACAAACUGAAUGAGCUGGAUGUAGUUGUGCCUUUGAGACUCCAUCAGGUGCAGUGCUUGGUUGAUGGGGAGAUGCCCCAUGACUUCUCCCAGACUUUAGUAUUUACCAACCAGUCCUUGCAGUACCUGCAGAAGAGAAUUGUGGUCCUACGUAAUGAAAAGAUAAUGCAAAGAGAGAUCCAUAAGAAGUCCAAGGAGCAACAUAAGCAGCUUCUCCAGGACAAAAAGGAGAUGGAGAUGGAGAUUCAAGGACUGGAGGAGAGGUGCAAUAAUCUGAUGAUGGAGAAGUUUGGUCGGCUCGUUGAUUUUGAAGCAGUUCAAGUACACUCUGUUAAUAUACCCAUGGAGCAGAUGAAAGUGAGAAUAAUGGAGAAAGAGUAUGAGCAUUUCGUGGAGCUCAAAGAAUGGGAGGAAAGAAUUGUAGUCCUGCAGCAUCAGCUAAUGAAGCUGACAAGAGAAAACACCAGCAAGCUGCAGCAGCUGAACAGGUUUUGCCAUGAAAAGCAUCAGCUUGAAACUGAGCUGGAAUCACUGACAACUGGUCAGGGUGGAGAAUUUGAGGGCACUCGAAGUGCUGACAUCAAAGAGACAGCCUCGCUGGAGUCACGGCUCAGGCACAUGACUCGUGAGGUGGCCCUUCUGAGAGAGGAAAUCAGCCAAGGCAGAGUAGAUGAGAUGUAGAAGAGCUCGCUUUCCUUAGCAGAAAAUGUGGGUGUCUCUUUCUACAAGCUUUACCACAGGACUUCCUGUUCAGAAAUAGUAACUAACAAUCUAAGUCACCCUUAAAAUUAACUGUGGCAGCAGUUAUGCCUGGAAGUGCAAAAUUAAUUGUUUCGGCUAUCCAGGAGUUUCGUUGUAAAGGGUUGCAUUUGUUUUUUCUAUCAAAAUAUGACUGUAACAACGUAUUUAGAAUAAAAGAUAGUAAAUAAAAUGACUAAAUACUGUUAUCAGUCCAUUGCAGAGGGUUGCACUGGACAAGGUGUGCGGUGUGUGUCCAUGCGUGUGCAUAAUGUCUAUGUCUGUCUUCAAACAAGUGGCUGUGGAAAGCUGGUUUGAAGUUUCCUUGGGGCAAAUAUUUAUCCUCAAAAAUGGUAAAAGAAGUCUGCCUCAAGCAAGCAUUUGUUACUGCUGAGCAGCAGUGGCCCUGCUCUGCUAACUGAGCUAGUUAAGAGUCCAAGGAUACACUACUGGCCAGCAGACAACAAAGGGGCCUUUCUCCUCAGGGAAGGACGUGGCAUUUACAGGCAGAAGGAGGGUGUAACAAUGCAAAGUCAGCCUGUAAUUCCACUGGCUUGCAGCUGCCUGAUCAGUCAGAGGGCCAAGCUCUGUGUGUUUUCAGGUGUUGCUCUUUUUUGCCUCCCUCAUUUGGUGUGGUGGCAGUAUGUGAUCAUUUACAGCACUUACUGUGCCUGAUUGUGAAAUCUUCCUUCCAUCCCCAGGCUGGAGGGGUUGUUUUCUUCCCAUGCAAGGCUCCUGAGAUGCUCAUUUAUAACUGAAUAAAUUAAACAACCUCCAGCUGCUCUUGCUGUUCCUCCCCAUUUCCCACCUCUUGCCACAGGUCUUGGUGUCUCUGUCUGGUGUAUGCUCAGCAGGGAUCCAGCCAUAUCCCAGCCAGGCACAAGAACUUCCUGCUGGUCCCAGCACAAGCGUGUGAAUGGUGCUUGUGCAGCCUACCCUUACAGGGCGUCCCUGCGGAGGAAUACACCUGGUGCUGGGAGCUCUUGUGCAGCUGCAGGUUGUGCCCUGGGAGGUAGGAAAUGGCUGGAGCCCCAGGCGCGGGGCUGUCUGGCACCAAUCCCUUGCCUAACAACGGGCAAGGACAUACAGUGCCAGCUGGGUAACCACAUUCCCAGAGACUCAGCUGGAGACAUGGAACAAGACCCCAGACUCAGCAUCACUGGUGACUAUUUGGAAAACUCUAACUGCAGGAAAAUGUCACCUUUCCUCAGGUGUCCUGCUUGCUGUAUGUCUGCAAGUGAAAAAGAAAAGGCUCAUUCUGGAUGAGGAAUAAGCUUAGAGCCAGGCACAGCAAAGACUAAAGCCUUUAUUUUAGAUGUUAAAGUGUGGAUUUGUCUUUACAGAUAGGCAGCUGCAGAUGGCGUGUAUGUGAAAGGUUGUUUAAGUUGAUUAGGCAGAAUGCAUACUCCAGUCCAUUCACAGGAGUGUGUUCCUGGAACAAACUUUCCUGUGGGGGAAAGGAAAAGAACUUUCGGGCAGCAUUAUUUGUUGUGUAACCCCCGCUGCAAGAGGGUGCCAGCAGCUCUGUUUGGACCCAUAUCCUGCAGUAUCCCUUGUCCAGCUGUUUCCAUCGUGUGCUUUGAUGGUGCUACCAAGAGCUGCUGCCUUG